AUACUGCAAUUCUUCUGUUCUCGGCUCCAAUUUGCAACACCCCGAUCAAUAAAUACCCAAAUUUUCUGGAUAUUGGGGAAUUUGAGCAUUUCGUAGCUGCGCUCGCUCAAACCGCGUGUGUAUAUAAUCCCUAUGUUCGUGGGGAUUGUUUUCGAUAUCAGGCUAAUUGAGCGAUCUGCGAGGCACCGACAGUGUUAAUUGUUCUUAGAUCGACAUCGUAGUCGCUCUCUGUGGUAGUUGUCUCCACCAUACGUUCUACGAAGGAGUGGGGUCGGAAAUUGAAAACCUUUAAUUACUCGUUUAUCAUAUGAUGUUUCAUUAUUCAAGUGUUGUUUAAUUGCGACUUUGUCUUAUUAGGGUAGAUGAUCUCGCUGUAGUUGUUUGAAUAUAAAGGUUGAGAUCUUGAUGUCAUUCAACGUCUUUUGCUUUACCCUUUCCUGCGUUUGAAAGCCUAUGUGCAUACUCUCAACUUGUUCCAGAUUUAUUUAAUUUGAAGGGAUCUUUUCAUUGAAGCCCUAAUUCCACGAUUUCCAUCAUCAACCCUAGUUCUCCGUUUGUUCAGAUUGUAACAAUGAUUCAGAACACUCAAUUCAAGGACUUCUUCACCGAAUAUGGGGAGGCAAACUUGUAUGAAAUCCAAGAAGUUGUUGGUAAGGGAAGCUAUGGAGUGGUGGCUGCAGCGGUUGAUACUCACACCGGAGAGAAGGUGGCUAUAAAGAAGAUCAAAGACAUAUUCGAGCACGUCUCCGAGGCUACUCGGAUCCUCAGAGAGAUCAAGCUUCUCCGGUUGCUUAGGCACCCGGACAUCGUGGAAAUAAAGCAUAUUAUGUUGCCUCCUUGCAGGCGAGAAUUCAAGGAUAUAUAUGUUGUGUUUGAGCUGAUGGAGACAGAUCUCCAUCAUGUAAUUCGGACGAACGAUGAUCUCACUCCCGGGCAUCAUCAGUUCUUUUUGUACCAAUUGCUACGAGCUUUGAAAUAUAUCCAUUCAGCAAAUGUUUUCCACCGGGACUUAAAACCCAAAAACAUCCUCGCUAAUGCCGACUGCAAGUUGAAGAUUUGUGAUUUUGGGCUAGCCCGUGCAUCAUUUGGUGAUUCCCCGUCUGCUGUGUUUUGGACUGAUUAUGUGGCUACUCGUUGGUACCGUGCUCCAGAACUCUGCGGAUCCUUCUUUACAAAGUAUACCCCUGCCAUUGAUGUCUGGAGCAUUGGUUGUAUUUUCGCUGAAAUGGUGACUGGAAAGCCAUUGUUUCCGGGGAAGAAUGUGAUUCAUCAAUUGGAGCUCAUAACUGAUCUUCUUGGAACUCCUUCUGCCGAAACCAUUUCAAAGAUUCGGAAUGAAAAAGCCCGAAGAUAUUUGAAUAGCAUGAGAAAGAAAUCUGCUGUGCCUCUGUCACAAAAAUUCCCAAAUUUCGAUCCAUUGGCUCUUUGUUUACUUGAGCGUUUAAUUGCCUUUGAUCCCAAUGAUCGUCUAUCUGCUGAAGAAGCGCUGGCAGACCCGUAUUUUUAUGGGCUGGCUAAUCCAGAAGAUGAGCCAUCAACUAAACCUAUUUCAAAAUUUGAGUUUGAGUUUGAACGCAGGAAUCUAACAAAAGACGACGUGAGGGAGCUAAUAUACAGAGAGAUCUUAGAGUAUCAUCCUGAUAUGCUUCAAGAACACCUCCGCGGCAUGGACCCGAUCCACUUUAUGUAUCCGAGUGGAAUCGACCAAUUUAAGCAACAAUUUGUUCACCUUGAGGAUCAGCCGGGGAAAGUAGACCGAAUACUGCGAAGGCGCUACGCCUCCCUGCCACGGGAACGCGUCUGCACGUCCAUUGAUGAAGACGACCCCAACCAGAACAUCGAAUCUGAGAACCAGUCCACACUGCCCAACUUCCGAAGCCAUAAAAGUAACAGGCUACCCGAAGCCGCCGCCAGUUCUGCAUCGAAGACCCGGCAGAGCAAUGGGUGCAGAAAUUCGAGCUGCAGCAGUGCGCGGUGUCUGCUGAGAAGCUCGAGCAUAAGUGCUUCCCGGUGCGUCGGUGUAGAAGGGAGCAGAUUACUGUGAGGUAAGAACCUCAAAUGUUAUCCUGAAACAAACCUCUUCUAUAACAAUGUUGUAUGAAUUCUUAACCUGUGUUGGGACAACCAACUGAUCACGAUUCAUGGCUUUGCCUAAUUUAAUAUUUGAGGAAAUGAAGUAAGAAUAGUUGUAGUAGAAUUCUAUGUAACCAUUUUAUUGGUAGUACUGUUGUUUUAAACAUUCGGUUACGCCAUUGUUAUGCUGCCCAUUUUAGGUUUCUUGCUUCACAGUGGCAAUCGAUAUCUUUAGUUUGGGGGAGUAAAAUGAUGAAAAAAAUUUAAAAAGGUAGAAAAUGAAAAAUUCAAAGCACACGUGCAUCACUAACUGAAAUAUUUGUCUUUUAAACAACAUCAUGAUUGCAUAUUUAUCCAGAGGGGAUACAUUAUGUCCCCCACGUAGGUUAAAGUGCAUCCAACUUUGUGUAAUGUAUGUCUGUCUCGCUCUACUCUCUUUCUUUCUAAAAUUUAUAGUUUAGUAAUUAAUUAAGGAGUUGGGUGUAUAGUUUAAGUAGGAAACACAUUGAGACAUGAUGAAAUAAUGUGUGAGCUGAGAGGGAGGGUACGUGAAUGUGUGUUGGUGUUGGGAAAUCAUGAUUUGAGCAGCUGACCUUUAGAGCGACAAGUCGGGCAGGAAAGCAGGGGUGGGUUGUCCUGAUGUUCCAGCCGAUUAGUCCGAGUGACACGUGGCGUGGCUGACUGUUUGACUUGACGACCACUGUCCCUCCUUUGUCCAGACAAUUCGGCCAUGCUCCUUUCCAUUUCCAUUUCCAUUUCCCCGCACUUGAUCAUGCCAUGCCUUGCCUUGCCUUGCCUACCACACCCACACCCACACCCUCACCCUCCUCCCUAGGUUAUUUAGAUUUCUCAUUUUCUUCAACAACUCCCUUAUUUUGUUUUUGACCUUUUGCCAUUUCUACUUUCUGCUUUUGCACUUUUCCCCAUCUCUCUCUCUCUCUCUCUCUCUCUCUCUCUCUCUAUAUAUAUAUAUAUAUAUGUAUGUAUGUAUAAGGUUGUCUUAAUAAUUUCUGUAUGCAAAGAGAGAUUGUUCGGACAAGUCUGUUGGCAGUUCUUUUCGCCUUCUUCUUCUCUACAAAUUUUCAGGUUUCUUUCAUGGAGAGUCAUAGUUCCUCUUGUUUGGAUUUAACGAUAGCCAUGCCUGGAUUCUCAUCAGCUUCUCCUCCGGCAUCUGGGGAGAGUGGAUGCAGUGAUUUAAUGAAAGAAGUAGAUGUAAAUCGUGUGGCGGCGUCGCCGGGGACAGAAGAAGAAUGCAUGGAAGAAGAAGACGAUCAUGAUCAUGGGAGCCCGAACUGCGGCCCGGCCCGCAGAAAGAAACUUCGCCUUACUAAAGAGCAGUCUCGUCUUCUCGAACAAAGCUUCAGACUGAAUCACACUUUAAAUCCU